GAGUGAAAGAAAUGUCCCCCCUCCUUAUCCGACACACACAGUAUAAAACAUGGGCAAUGUUGGGAAUCUGAAGGAGGAGCUCUCAACAGCGAGAAAAUCACCUACCUCCGAAUUUUCAAGGGUUGCAUUAAAAUGAUCUGCUCCAGAGCUGUGAUGUCGCGGAGUAUUCUGGCUCUCUGCCUCUUGGCUUGGAUUGACUCCGGCGUCCCCGCAUAUCCAGUCAAGCCUGCCAGUCCCCGGGAAGGUGCACCACCCGAAGAGCUCGCCAGAUAUUAUUCUGCACUAAGACAUUACAUAAAUCUCAUCACGAGACAGAGGUAUGGAAAGAGGGACUCCCCAGAUAGAGUAUUUUCUGAUGUGUUCACGAGGGACGGCACAGAAAGUAUCCCAGGAUCCAACUACAUCAUGUAUGAUGGGCUGCCACUGUGGUGACGCUGACACACUCAUCAAAACCACAAAGCCGCUGCAACGUCUUUGACUGACACCAAAGGGACUCGUGCUGCGCGGAAUAAACAUUGUCAAAUUAAACUACUUUGUUAUGUAAUGUUGUCACUGCUGAAUUAAAACAUGUUAUUGAAAUGUUGACCCGCUGUCUCACUCUGGCUCGUUUGGCUUUAUAAUCAGUGCUGCUUUGCACUAGUACGUAUAUGUUGAACAUAGUGUAUCAUGUGUGUCAUUCACUGAUGGAGUGACACUGCUCUCUACUGGUAGGCAGGAAUCUAAAAACUUUUGAAGUAUUGGGAAGUACAAAUCGUGUGCUUAAUUCAAUGUCGGCUGCUUCUGUUCUUUUUGAGGAGAGUGAAAUAAAAAUGACUUGUAACUUGA